AAACAUCGCUGGAAUCCCUUCUGCUUUCCUAGAACUGAAGAAAGAAGAAAUAAAACAGAGACAGAUUGAACAAGAAAAGUUAGCAUCUAUGAAAAAGCAAGAUGAAGACAAGGAUAAGAGGGAUAAAGAAGAAAAAGAGAGCAGCAGAGAAAAAAGGGAGAGAUCUCGAAGCCCAAGAAGACGCAAAUCCAGAUCUCCUUCCCCUAGAAGACGAUCUUCCCCUGUCAGGAGAGAGAGAAAGCGCAGUCAUUCUCGAUCUCCCCGUCACAGAACCAAGAGCCGGAGUCCUUCCCCUGCUCCAGAGAAGAAGGAAAAAACUCCGGAGCUCCCAGAGCCAUCAGUGAAAGUGAAAGAACCUUCAGUACAAGAGGCCACUUCUACUAGUGACAUCCUGAAAGUUCCCAAGCCUGAACCUGUACCAGAGCCUAAAGAACCUUCUCCAGAGAAGAAUUCCAAAAAGGAAAAGGAAAAGGAGAAGACCAGACCAAGAUCUCGGUCACGUUCCAAGUCAAGAUCCCGGACACGUUCUCGCUCUCCUUCUCAUACUCGACCUAGAAGGCGCCAUAGAUCCCGAUCAAGAUCAUACUCCCCUAGAAGGCGGCCAAGCCCAAGAAGACGGCCAUCUCCUCGAAGAAGAACUCCACCGAGACGAAUGCCUCCUCCACCAAGGCAUAGAAGGAGUAGAUCUCCAGUGAGACGAAGAAGGCGUUCAUCAGCAUCCUUGUCUGGAAGUAGCUCAUCAUCAUCUUCGUCUCGUUCCCGGUCACCGCCAAAGAAGGCUCCAAAGAGGACAUCCAGCCCCCCUCGAAAAACUCGUAGGCUAUCUCCUUCAGCAAGUCCUCCAAGGCGAAGGCAUAGGCCCUCACCUCCAGCAACUCCACCACCAAAAACUCGUCAUUCCCCAACACCCCAGCAGUCAAAUCGUACAAGGAAGAGUCGUGUUUCUGUCUCUCCAGGGAGGACUUCAGGUAAAGUGACAAAACAUAAAGGUACUGAGAAAAGAGAGUCUCCUUCACCAGCACCCAAGCCUAGAAAAGUAGAAUUAUCCGAGUCGGAAGAAGAUAAAGGUGGCAAAAUGGCUGCAGCAGAUUCUGUGCAGCAGAGACGCCAAUACAGACGACAGAACCAGCAAUCUUCAUCUGAUUCUGGCUCCUCCUCUUCCUCAGAAGACGAGCGACCCAAAAGGUCCCACGUGAAAAAUGGUGAGGUUGGCAGGCGGCGGAGACAUACCCCUUCCCGGAGUGCCUCUCCAUCACCUCGAAAGCGCCAGAAAGAGACUUCCCCUCGUGGUAGACGGAGGAGAAGUCCUUCCCCACCACCCACCAGAAGGCGACGUUCUCCCUCUCCUGCUCCUCCACCUCGACGACGCAGGUCUCCCACGCCACCACCACGACGAAGGACUCCUUCUCCUCCCCCACGUCGACGCUCACCUUCCCCAAGAAGAUACUCUCCUCCAAUACAGAGGAGAUACUCUCCUUCUCCACCUCCAAAGAGAAGAACAGCGUCACCCCCUCCUCCCCCUAAACGAAGGGCAUCACCAUCUCCGCCACCAAAGCGUCGGGUCUCCCAUUCGCCACCUCCCAAACAAAGAAGCUCCCCAGUCACUAAGAGACGUUCACCUUCAUUGUCAUCAAAGCAUAGGAAAGGGCCUUCCCCAAGCCGGUCUACCCGGGAAGCCCGGUCACCACAACCAAACAAACGGCAUUCGCCCUCACCACGGCCUCGAGCUCCGCAGACUUGCUCAAGUCCUCCGCCUGCUCGAAGAGGAGCAUCGUCAUCACCCCAAAGAAGGCAGUCCCCAUCUCCAAGUUCUAGGCCCAUUAGGAGAGUCUCCAGGACUCCGGAACCCAAAAAGACAAAAAAAGUUGCCUCACCAAGCCCUCAGUCAGUAAGGAGGGUCUCAUCUUCUCGAUCUGUCUCGGGAUCUCCUGAGCCAGCAGCUAAAAAACCCCCAGCACCUCCAUCUCCUGUCCAGUCUCAGUCACCUUCUACCAACUGGUCACCAGCAGUACCAGUCAAAAAGGCUAAAAGCCCGACACCAAGCCCAUCACCGGCAAGGAAUUCAGACCCAGAAGGAGGUGGAAAGAAAAAGAAAAAAAAGAAGGAUAAGAAACAUAAAAAGGAUAAGAAGCACAAGAAGCAUAAAAAACACAAGAAGGAAAAGGCUGUGGCUGCAGCCGCUGCAGCUGCUGUGACCCCUACAGCCAUUGCUGCUCCCACAACCACAUCAGCACAGGAAGAACCGGAGGCAGAGCCAGAGCCUAAGAAGGAGACUGAAAGUGAGGCCGAAGAUAACCUUGAUGACUUAGAAAAGCACCUGCGCGAAAAGGCCCUGAGAUCAAUGCGGAAGGCUCAAGUGUCCCCACAGUCCUAGGUGGAAAUGUUUGUUAUGAUGUAAAUUUUAUUUGGUUUGUACGCAAUUCAAUUUCAAAAUUGCUAAAAUGUGUUUGAGCUUUAGACUAUAACAUUUGUUGUAAUAAUUGCUAGGUUGAAGUUCACCAUGUUAAAAAAAAAAAAAAAAAAAAGGGCAUGGAUUUACAUUGCAAAAGGUGUCCACAGUGUAUUAGUGACAUUCUUUCAUUGACAGCUGACAUAAAUUCAUUUAGAGUGAAAUAUUUUAAGCCAAAAAGAAAAAGAUCCCCUUUUUAAAAAAGGGGGUUUAAAUACUGUUGGCAUUCUUAUGGUUCCUUUAAAUGCCUCUGGCUCUUCCCAGAGGUUUUUCUUUCUAUAUACUUUUCCUUUCUUUUUUUUUUUUUUUUUUUCCUCCUUUUUCUCAUUUGAGUCUUAGCACCCAUUUAAGUUAUGAUGCUUCCAACCUUGUAUGGUUUGCGAGCUUGCCCAGAAAUAAGACCACUGUUGAAUUACCACAAAAGUAUAAAUGAAUAUUUUAAUGCCACAAUCUUUCCUGUUGCCUGUGGAGUCUCUGCUGAACUUAAUCAGGAUUCGAGCUCUAGAAUGAGACAGAAAAUGAAAGCAUGUUGUUUGCCAGGACACUGUGGGUUUAUACUGAUGUGUAACAAGUUGAUUUGGAACACUGGAAUUUCUUUUUUUUUUUUUUUUUUUUUUUUUUUUUUUUUUUUUUUGUAAAGGCAAUUAUCUAGUCCCAGGAAGGAUCCUUCAGUUAUAUAAAAUUUUGAUUUAUGAAAUGUCAUGGCUCCAUUCAUAAUUUUGUCUUGUUCUUCCGAUUGGUAUAUACAACUUUCAGAGCUCUUGUAUUUGGAAAGCUGGAAGGGCCCAGACUUUGAAAUAGUGUCUUGUUUUCACUGUUUUGUUUUGUUUUUUUUUUGUUUUUGUUUUUGUUUUUUAAACUAAAGCUAUAUAAAGCUUGUGGAUUAAACAGAAUAAAUUUCUAAAUUUAAAAAUACUGGCCACUCACUUUUACUUACCCAUCUCAAUAUUGCAGGAAACAUAACUUUGAAAUCUUACAGUGCCUAUAUUUUUACCUCCUUGGCACCUUUGGCACAGUGAGGAUUGGGCAAAGGAAAUACAAGGUGGUGAAAUUGUCUUACCGUCUUUGUUUUAAUAAUUAAUAUGAUAAGUGUUUUGAAGGGAAGGUGCACAGUGAGAUUGAAACAUGUAUUAUGGGCAGGGCAGGUCAGCUGGGCAUAGAACAGAGUAUUAGGCAGAGCAGGCAGUAUCUUUGUACCCCACAAGGCAGAAGGAGCUCAGCACAUUCCAGAAAGUUAAUGAAGACUGAUGACUGGAGCAACCCCUUUGUAUCAGGCGCGCGCGCGCACGCGCGUGUGUGUGUGUGUGUGUGUGUGUGUGUGUGUGUGUGUGUGUGUGAGAGAGAGAGAGAGAGACACCUUUGGCUCUAUGCAGGUAAUUUUUGCAUUUAAGAUUUUAGCAGAGCAAUGUAAUUUGAGGAAACUUGGGAGUUGAUAACAUUGUACAAGAUAGAACAGCAAUAUUUAUAUGAAAGAAGUAAAGUAAUUUUUGACAAGUGAAUCUAAGCUUAGCAGGUUGACAUGAGAAACUAAUUUGAUUUAUAAUUUUCUGGCAGCUGAAGCAAAGAGAGGGAGAAUGUCCACAUCUUAAUUUUAGGAAAACGCAGUGGGAAGUUUUAUUUUUAUUUUUUUUAUUUUUUUUAUUUUUUUAUUUUUUUUUUUUUAACCUAAAGGACAUGGGCAUAUCAGGGCUGUUUUUACAGCUGGGUUUUUAGAGUGAUUGAUAACAAGGCCAAAAGCUCAAUGAAGCUGCUUUAGUAGGGACUAAACUCAGGUAUCUAGAGUGACUUCCCAUGAUUGAUGAUAGAAUCUUAAAUUUGUAUGUAGCAACCUAAGGAUUUUCAAAAUCUUCCACAUGACCCCCCUUUUGAUAAUUCUGUGAUGUUGGAAAGGCACAGAUUAUCAAGUUUCUAAGAUGCUUGCUGCUGAUUUACCCCUAAGAAUAUGAUCAAACCAGUGAACAUCAGUGGGAUACUUGCAUCUCUCUAGCCUUUCAUUCAAUUCUUUAUUCACUUACCCAUUUAUUCAGUUGUAUUCACUCUUCCACUUGAUUAAACUUCUUGUUAAGGGUAUCAGUAACUUAUUUUGCCAAAAUGAAGAAUCAGUUCUCCAUCCUUUACCAGCCCUCUUCCCAGGAUUUGACUCAGUCAUUCACUCCUUUGUCAAAACACUUCCCUGUCUUGGAUUCUAGGAGUCAACACUGGUUUACCUUCUAGAUGCAGCAACCCCUCCUACCUCAUUGGCUUAGUUGUUCAUUUAUUUCUAGUGGAUCCUUUCAGACAUGAAGUGAUGGAGUUUGUAGAGAAAGCCAAUGUAGACCAAGAAAGAUUAAUUCAUAGUCUUUUGUGUUUUUAUUUAUUUGUCUUUUUUGGCUGCCUCGUGGCACAUGGGGUUUCCAGGCCAGGAUCAGAUCGAAGCUGCAGCUGGGACCUCUGCUGCGGCUGCAGCAUUGCCAGGUCCUUUAAUCCUCUGGCCAGGGAUCAAACCUGUGUCCUGGCGCUGCCUAGAUGCCACCGGUCCUAUUGUGCCACAGCAGGAACUCCCCAAGUCUCUUGACUUUAAAUGUUGUCUUUUUGUUGACAUUUAAUUGUGUUGAUUUUAAAUGUCAUCUUUUUGUCUAGAAUGGAAUUUCUUUCCGUUCUAAAUUUCCCCCUCACCUAGACCCCUGUCCAGCCAUCUGGUUGAUCUCUUCAUUUGGACAUCUAGAAGGCAUACAGAAUUGAACAUGUCCUCUGAUCUUACCCCUGUCUCAUUUUGGUACCUGUCACUCAUUUACUCAAAGUUGAGUUGAUACUAUCAAUAGCAGUAUGUCCACCCUCCAAUACUUAAUGCACACAAGAUCAUUCCAUUCCCAGCAGCCUAAGUUAGAUCAUAGUACUGCCUAAAAUCCUCAGAUGCUCUUUUCUGCCUCAAGGUAAAAACCAAAUUUCUUAACAUGGCCUGCAAGACCCAGUAGCAUCUGCUUUGGCAUCUUCGUCUCCACUCCACAAUUCGCUCAAGCCAUACCUGCCUUCUUGCUUUUCCUUUCAUCAGUCAAAGUUGAACUCUCACUCAGGGCCAUUGUUUUCACUGUUCCCUCAUCCUGGAAGGCAUCUCCUCCCAAUCUGGCUUGUUUCUUUUUUUUUCCAGAGAGGCCUCGUUAACUUCCUCCUCUCUAUUUUCAUCUGUAGCAAUUAUUGCUACCUGAAAUGAUAGAUUUUUGGACCCUAGGAACUUGGUAUUUAUGACUAUGUCCCUAGUACCUGGUACAUUGUGGAAACACAUGUACUUGAUGUACAGAGGAAUAAUAAGUAUACCUGAUGUCAUUGCCUCUACUUGCCAGGCCUACUAGCGUUUGAGUUAAAAAAGAAGACAUAGUGAUUGCUGCCCUUUAUUUGCCUACUAGGGAUAAAAACAUGCAAACAACUGAUUGGACAGAACAUAGCGUCGAGUCUGAUAGACCAAAGUUUCUACUGUAGCUUUCUACUCUGACCUUGGUCAAGUUGCUUGACCUCUAAGCUCUGCCAUUUCCUCUCCUAUAGAAGUUAAAUGGUGGAAUCUACCCCAGAGUUGUUAUAGAGGAUUUAAAUGUGUUAGUUAAUACAGGUAAAGCAAUGGUAGUACAAAGUGAGGUUCCCAUUUUCUUAGCUUAUAUAAUUGUUUUAGUAACUAUGGCAAAUUUUAGUUAAGGUGUCUAGAAAGCAUUUUAUUUUAAUUUUGCUUUUUAGGGCCAUACCUGUGGGCCUAUGAAGUUGCCAAGCUAGGGGUCAAAUAGGAGCUGCAGCUGCCGGCCUACACCACAGCUCACAGCAACACUGGAUCCUUAACCCACUGAGUGAGGCCAGGGAUCGAACCCGUGUCCUCAUGGAUACUGGUUGGGUUCAUAACCUGCUGAGCCGCAAUGGAAACUCCUAAAAAGGAUUUGAACCAUCCAUUCUAUUGGUUUUUUGUUGUUGUUGUUUUAGUAAAGCUCACCAUUUUAAAGUGUGUAGUUCACUGGUACUUAAUGUGUUUACAAGGUUAUACAACCAUCACCACUAUCUAUUGCAGAACGUUUUCAUCACCCUAAAAAGAAACUGUGCCCAUUAGCAGUCACUUCCAUUCUCUCAGCAGUUCCAUCAGCCCCAGUUCCUGGCACAACUACUUUCUGUCUAUAGAUUUGUCUAUUCUGGACAGAUAUUUCAUUGGAAUCAUACGAUAUGUGGCCUUUUGUGUGUGGCUUCUGUCAUUUAACAUGUGUUCAUCCAUGAUACUUCAUUUUUUUUUUAAUUGCAAAGUGGUGUUCCCUUAUGGAUAUACCAAAUUUUGUUUAUCCAUUCAUUAGUUGGACGUUUGAGCUGUUUCUGCUUUCCAGCUAUUAUGAAUAAAGCUGCUGUGAAUAUUUGCAUA